AUGAUGCUUGGGUUACUUCUACAGUUACUCCUUAUGGCAUCAUCUGAGGCGUCUCCAGUGCCUGUGCGCAAAUCGUUCCCGACGGCGAUUAUCGUCGGAGUCAAGAAAGCUGGCACCCGGGCUUUGCUGGAAUUUCUUCGAUUAAAUCCGAACAUCCGAGCACCCGGACCAGAAGUGCAUUUCUUCGACAAAAAUUACCACAAAGGACUAGACUGGUAUCGGAAAGCACAAUUCAUUACGGUAAUGACAUUGAACUACCGCAAUGUGGCCGGACAAGUCAUCAAAGACCUUCAGAAUUUGACCGUUGAUCAUCUGAAGUUCGUACUUCACCAAAGAGUUUCACAAUGA